GUCAGUGGAUCUGGAAAGACUUCAGCCGGUGUAUGAGACGCUUAAACAGAGAGGGAAGGAAAUGAUUGCUCGCUCAGAAGGAGCCGAUAAGGAUAUAUCUGCUAAAGCUGUUCAAGAUAAACUAGACCAAAUGGUCCUCAUUUGGGAAGACAUCCAGACCUUGACUGAGGAGAGGGAGGCCAAAUUGUUGGAUGUAAUGAAACUAGCCGCAAAGUUGUGGUGUAGUCACGUGGCUCUUGCAGCUACUAUUAAAGAUACUCAGGAGCUCAUUGGAGAACUGGAGGGACCUGGAGUUGACCCAUCUCUAGUCAAGCAACAGCAAGAAGACGCUGAAGCUGCUAAAGAUGAAAUUGAUGGACUGCAAGAGGAACUAGCAACAGUUCUGAGCCUUGGCUCUGACCUUGGAGCUGCUUGUGGAGAGCCUGACAAACCUAUUGUCCACAAGAGCAUAGAUGAGCUGAAUUCUGCCUGGGAUGCCUUAAGCAAAACAAGGAAAGACCGGGCAGAUAAGCUUGUUGAAGCUCUGCAGGCAGCUGUUCCAUAG